UACCUGGGUAUGUUUAAGGGACAGUACAAUGGUUACUUGCUGGGGGACAGAGGAUACCCUUGUCUGCCCUAUUUAAUGACACCCUACCCUGAACCUGAGCCUGGACCACAGACACGGUUUAACCUGGCUCACAGCCGAACACGGGCCAAGGUGGAGAUGACUAUAGGGAUCCUCAAAUCUCGGUUUCAGUGUCUGCGUGGGCUCCGGGUUAGUCCAGAGAGGGCAUGCGACAUUAUUGUGGCUUGUGUUGUGCUUCACAAUAUUGCCACUAUAAGAGGAGAGAGCCACCCUCCUUGUAUUGAGGAAGAUGGCCCAGAGGAACACCGACAGAUUUUAGAGGCCAACAGAGACGGAAGACUUUUGAGAGACAGGAUUUGUCAAAAUUACUUUUAUUAGUUUUUUUUUGCACUGGUCUGCCAGGCAGUUUAU